GAGAGGGUGAGGGCGAAGAUUUGAUGGUAAUAUACUGGGUGUGUGGUUUUUUGGGGGUGGUCGAUUUUUGGUUUCUGCGUUGCGGUUCGUGUGUAGCGCGUUGGCUGUAGGUUCUGUCGCUGUGGUAGUAUAUCUUCCUGUCUGGGACUUGUGAAAUGAGGCAAUUGGUUGUUGCAGUGAGUGGUGGUUCUGCACCAGCUCUGCCAUGUGAUUUUCUCAAUCAGGCAGGAGGGUGUAGGAUGGACUACGAUCUCUGAUUUGGUCAGCCAACAGCCACAGCUUCAGCUACUGCAUGCUGCAAUGACUCUGCCCGUAACAUCGCAUUGAUUCAAGAGAACACUACACUUAAGACUUCCUCCGUAUGGGCUUCUGCGGCUUGACCCCCGAGUACGAGAGCUGGGUAGAGUCCAGGAACGGCCGCCUGCGAAGCCUGCGACGACGACAGGAUCCCGCAGCCACCCGCAUCCUGCUUCCGCCCGGAUAUGUGAUUCAGAGUGUACGCGAAGCAGAAGACUCGCCCAGUUACCGAUCAUUCCCGCAGGAACAGGACGGAAGUAGCCAGCGCAAGAGCAACAGUCCUCGCCUGGUCUGUACAGACCUACCAGCCGUAUCUCCUGCCGCCGGAGCAAAGACCGGUCUUCGCAUCAAUGUCCAAAGGAGUUCCCAGCCGAAUGAACGCCGCCAAAAGCCUAUGCCAAAAGCCCAAAGAGACUCUCCCCUGAGAGCACCCCGGAUCCUCACUCUGGAGAGACUGCCUAAUGGUCUAUAUAAGUUGCGCACGCCUUUUCAUUCCCUGGAAUCGAGCUUCAUAGAUCUCCGGUCCCCAAAAAAAGUGUGGCCCCCAGCACCGCCGCCGUCGCUUCGUGACUGGAACACCUGGGAGACAGACUCCCAGUCAUUCCACGGCAAUCCGCCGAGCAGCAAGAUAAGCCGACUCGGUACGCAUGUGCAAUCUCCAUUCAGAGGGCGAUUCUAUAGAACGUCCAGAGACGACAAUGGUCGAGAUGACGGAACCGUGAAUGGCAGGGUUUCGAGCUGGGUGCUUCAGAACGACGAGUACUGGUAAAAUUGAUUAGUGGACAAAUCAUGCGCAUAUGCCCCGUCGAUGCCAUCCCCCAGCUCGCGAAGAGGUCCUAAAACUCCGCGCCUCGUGUGAACAAUGGUACAACAUCGUGUCGCAGAGAUGAAUGCCGUGUCACGGAUGAUAUAUGAUUGACCUGUCGCGAUGAUCUUAUUUAUUUGUGCUUGCGUUUCUUCUGCUUUUUGUCGCCGCCUCCGCCUCCGCCUCCAUGGCGUCCGCCGGAAAUACUCGUCAGUGCCGAGA